CAGGACUGUGGUGGCUCCUUGGGUUUCCUUAGCUCCUUGUGAAUUCUAAGUCAACUUUCCCAUUUCUGAAAGCAAGAAAGUGGCGGGAAUUUGCCCAUAACCAAGGUGUAGACUAAGAAGUGGAGCCAUGCUUCACACGGCCAUACCAUGCUGGCAGCCGUUCCUGGGUCUGGCUAUGGUGUUCCUCCUCGUGGGAUCCACCAUCGGCUGUCCUGCUCGCUGUGAAUGCUCCGCCCAGAACAAAUCUGUUAGCUGCCACAGACGACGUUUGAUGGCCAUCCCAGAAGGCAUUCCCAUUGAGACCAAAAUCUUGGACCUCAGCAAAAAUAGAUUAAAAAGCGUAAACCCUGAAGAAUUCAUAUCAUAUCCUCUCUUGGAGGAGAUUGACUUGAGUGACAACAUCAUCGCCAAUGUGGAGCCCGGGGCUUUUAACAACCUCUUUAACCUACGAUCCCUCCGCCUGAAAGGCAAUCGCCUUAAGUUGGUACCGUUGGGAGUAUUCACAGGACUGUCCAACCUCACCAAACUUGACAUUAGUGAGAAUAAGAUUGUUAUUUUGCUGGACUACAUGUUCCAGGAUCUACAUAACCUGAAGACUCUAGAAGUGGGGGACAAUGAUUUGGUUUAUAUAUCACACAGGGCCUUUAGCGGACUACUUAGCUUGGAGCAGCUCACCCUGGAGAAGUGCAACUUAACAGCAGUACCAACAGAAGCCCUUUCCCACCUCCGCAGCCUCAUCACCUUGCAUCUGAAGCAUCUUAAUAUCAACAAUAUGCCUGUGUAUGCCUUUAAAAGAUUGUUCCACCUGAAACACCUAGAGAUCGACUAUUGGCCUUUGCUGGAUAUGAUGCCGGCCAAUAGCCUCUAUGGUCUCAACCUCACCACCCUCUCCAUCACUAACACCAACCUGUCCACUGUCCCCUUCCUCGCCUUUAAACACCUGGUAUACCUGACCCACCUUAACCUCUCCUACAAUCCCAUCAGCACUAUCGAAGCAGGCAUGUUCUCUGACCUGAUCCGCCUACAGGAGCUUCAUAUAGUGGGAGCCCAACUGCGCACCAUUGAGCCUCACUCCUUCCAAGGGCUCCGCUUCCUCCGUGUGCUCAAUGUAUCUCAGAACCUGCUGGAAACAUUGGAAGAGAAUGUCUUCUCCUCCCCUAGGGCUUUGGAGGUCCUGAGCAUUAACAACAACCCACUAGCCUGCGACUGUCGACUCCUCUGGCUCCUACAGCGACAACCGACCCUACAGUUUGGGGGCCAGCAGCCCAUGUGUGCCGGGCCAGACACCAUCCGUGAAAGGUCAUUUAAGGAUUUCCAUAGCACUGCUCUUUCUUUUUAUUUUACCUGCAAAAAGCCCAAAAUCCGUGAAAAGAAGGUACAGCAUCUCCUAGUGGAUGAAGGACAGACGGUCCAGCUGGAGUGUAAUGCUGAUGGAGACCCACAGCCCAUGAUUUCCUGGGUGACACCCCGAAGGCGUUUCAUCACCGCCAAAUCCAACGGAAGGGCCACUGUGUUGGGUGAUGGCACCCUGGAAAUCCGUUUUGCCCAGGAUCAAGACAGUGGGUUGUAUGUUUGCAUUGCUAGCAACGCUGCUGGGAACGACACCUUCACAGCCUCCCUCACUGUGAAGGGAUUCACUUCAGACCGCUUCCUUUACGCAAACAGGACCCCUAUGUACAUGACCGACUCCAAUGACACCGUUUCCAACGGCACUAAUGCCAAUACUUUUUCCCUGGACCUUAAAACAAUACUGGUAUCUACAGCCAUGGGCUGUUUCACAUUCCUGGGAGUGGUUUUAUUUUGUUUUCUCCUCCUUUUUGUGUGGAGCCGAGGAAAAGGCAAGCACAAAAACAGCAUUGACCUCGAGUAUGUGCCCCGAAAAAACAAUGGUGCUGUUGUGGAAGGGGAGGUGGCUGGACCCAGGAGGUUCAACAUGAAAAUGAUAUAAGGGCCCACCACACACCCUAUUGUCUUGUGUCACUGUUGGUAAUGAGUAAGACGUCUGACGUAGUGAACCACAAGGUUAUCAGGCAGCUUCAUGCAGCUGCCCCUUUAUGAAAGCAGGGUUCAUGGAAGCAGGAAGACUCCUUACGGAUACUGGCCGGUUAGAGGCAGGCAGGCAUGUGUCCCAGCCCUGCACACAAUGGGAUACUAAUUGUUUGCAUUGCAAAUAUUGGCAUUCUGGGGAUCUCAGUAACGAACCUGAACCUUUGGCUCAUGCUGAUGGACAACAAUCCAACAUUUUCUACCACUGCAAAAACAAAAGAGAAAAAUAAAAGAGAACAACCUACAGUGUAGGAUUUACAUAUUAAAAAGACACAUUUGUCUAAAAACAUACUCUACAGUAAAAUUUGUAUUUAUUAUUAUCAUUUGUUAAAACCUUGCAUCAUACAAUACUAUUGGUUCAGUACCAAAAAGAGAUCAAUAUAUUCUUUUUUUGAAACAUAUAUGCUGUAUAUGUUUUAAAGCAAUAUGAAUGAGAGGUUGUGCUUUUAGUUACUCACCAGUAUAGAUCCAAGUGUGAUUUCACCUUCCUUUUACCCACCGAUAAACCUGAGGCUAGAUCCCUGGAGUAACAGGCAGAGAUGUGUUGAGAUGUGUAUGCCUGAUGUAGGAUGCCAAGAAACAGGACCCAAGUCAAAACUGCUCAACUCUGUUAACUUCUGUUACUAUAAAUAAAGGCAUGUGCCUAGUUUUGAUACAGAAUGGAAUAUUUUUUUAUACAUACACUACCAACCUGGACCAGUUUACUGUAACAGAAGCCUUUGGGUUUCUCCAGAAGGUGGUAUAUCGCUAGAUGUACCUGUAAAAUGCAAGGUAGGUGUCAUUCAUAAAAGUAAUUCACUUAGUGAGCCCUUAGUUUUACUUUCAUCGGUCACUGUUCAUGGGUUAAUGACAAAUGAAAAAAGAAGUACUGAUUAUAUUUAAUUAUUUGGCAAUAUUCAUCAGUAGUUGCUAUCAAUAAUUCUGUGGUCCAAAAGCUCUCCAUAUAAGGAGUUUUCAGAAGUCAACAAAAAGCAGGGUGAUCCAAGCACAUCAUGACAGCAUGCAACCAAUGAUCUUUUUCAAAUGUGACAGUUACCUGCCAGAUUGCUGCAAGUUAAAGCAGCACACAGCACAUGACACUUCCAAUUUCUCGAUUUAAGCACUAUAUACAUAGUAUGACCACAAUUAGGUAACUUCAGGAUGUUUCCCUGCUUCCUAACCAAGACUUUUCAUUUCAUGUUGAAAACUAUGUUGCGUAGAUAAGAGAUAUCUGUUUUAUGUAAAGCAGUGAAAGAAAAACCGGUGCAAAUUUAAAAAACCAAGUUUAUGUUCCUUCACCAGGGAAAAGCUAAGCUUAUGAUUCUUCAAAUAUGUAAUGCUGUGUUGAUUCUUUCACUUUCUUGACCUGAGCAUAUUUGUCCAAUUCUGUUGGUCUUAAUUUUACCAAUCAAAAAAAAAAUAGUAAUUAUUAUCAUCAAUGACCUGGUUUAAGGAGGCAUAAUUCCAUUGGCUGAGUUCUGGAUAACUUUCAAAGCAUAUAUUCAUACGCUCUGAAAAAGUGUUGGAUGCAGAUUGCAUUCCAAAAAUGAUAGCAUUUAAUCAGCAUGCACCAAGUUCCUACAUUGUUCAUGUUUUGAGAGGAUGUGGAGCGAGAUCCCUUGGGGUACUUUGUAAGAUAUGUGGAAGGAAAUGCUGUGGGCCUGACUCUCAAAGGACUAACUUCUUUAAGGGUUUGAAAAUAUGAAGAACUUUAAAAGCUGAAAAAAAUGGAAAAGAACUAUCAAAUUGCCCUCAGUUUCUAAAAGGCUCACAAGUUGUUUUGCGAACUAGGCUGGUAUUACAUAUAAACUCAUUCCUCUUUUUCCAGGGGUAGGAACUAAGAUUUCUCUUUUUUUAAAGAUUGAAGAAUCGCCUGCUUGAGUUACAUUUCAUUUAGCA